AUGGACAACCUCAACACCCUGGGUAAAUUGCUGAUGCGAAUGGGUGAAAACACUAAGGCAGAAUACUAUUUCCAGAUGCUGCUCGAAGACGCGUCGCUCGAUCACAUUGGUCACGCAUUAGUAUAUCAUAACAUCGGACAAGUUCACAACAAUCAAGGUGAUUAUGAGAAAGCAUUGAAAUAUUAUGAAAAAUGUCUUAACAUCUAUUUGAUCUCACUUCCACCAACUCACCGUCAUAUUGCAACAACAUAUAAUAGCAUCGGACAAGUUUACAACAAUCAAGGUGAUUAUGAGAAAGCAUUGAAAUAUUAUGAAAAGGCGCUUACUAUGGCACGAAAAACAUUGCCAUUUGCUCAUCCUGUUCUUCGCACUAUCGAGUUAGCUAUAAGGACUGCUCGUGAAAAGCUUUCCAAAUACAGUAAUGUUUUCUGA